AGCAAGAGAAAAAAAAAACCUUUGAACGAGCAAUGUCUGCUUCUUCUCCUAAUAAGUGUCGCCCCUUGGCAAAUUUUCACCCAACUGUUUGGGGAUAUCAUUUCCUUUCUUAUACUCCUGAAAUUACUAACCAAGAAAAAGUUGAAGUUGAUGAGUACAAAGAAACAAUCAGGAAAAUGUUAGUGGAAGCUCCAGAGGGUAGUCAACAAAAACUUGUGUUGAUAGACGCAAUUCAACGAUUGGGAGUGGCAUAUCAUUUCGAUAAUGAAAUUGAAACAUCCAUUCAAAACAUUUUUUAUGCGUCUCAACAGAACGAUGACAACCUUCACGUUGUUUCUCUUUGUUUUCGACUUGUGAGGCAACAAGGCUAUUACAUGUCUUCUGAUGUGUUCAAGCAAUUCACCGAACAAGAUGGAAAAUUCAAGGAAACACUUACUAAUGAUGUCCAAGGAUUAUUAAGUUUGUAUGAAGCAUCACAUCUGAGAGUGCAAGAUGAGGAGAUUCUUGAAGAAGCUCUUACCUUUACCACCACUCAUCUCGAGUCAAUGCUCCCCAACAUGACCAAUAACUCGCUUAAGGUUCAAGUUACUGAAGCCUUAAGCAAGCCUAUUCGUAAAACUGUACCAAGAGUGGGAGCAAGGAAAUACAUACACAUUUACGAAAACAUCGAAGAACAUAAUAAUUUACUCUUGAAAUUCGCGAAAUUGGAUUUUAACAUGUUGCAAAAGUUGCAUCAGCAAGAGCUUAAUGAGAUAACAAGGUGGUGGAAAGAUUUGGAUUUUGCAAAGAAAUUGCCAUAUGCAAAAGAUAGAUUGGUGGAGGCUUAUUUCUGGAUGAAUGGAUUGUCUUUUGAGCCUCAAUAUAGUAGAAUGAGGAAAAUACUUGCAAAAUUAUUAUAUAUGAACACUAUUAUUGAUGACACCUAUGAUGCUUACGGAACCUUUGAUGAACUUGUGCUUUUCACAAGUGCCAUUCAGAGAUGGGACAUAAGAGCUAUGGAUUCAUUACCGCCAUUUAUGAGAACAAUUUAUCAAGAACUUCUCAACAUCUACGAUGAAAUGGAACAAGUAUUGACCAAAGAAGCUGGUAAAUCGAAGAGAGUGUACUAUGCAAAAAAUGAGAUGAAAAGGCUUGCGACAGCCUAUAUGAAGGAAAUUGAUUGGUUGAAUGAUGGCUACAUUCCAAAAUAUGAUGAAUAUAUGACAAAUGCACUAGUAACCGGAACAGGUAUGCUUUAUGUAACACAUUCUUUGAUUGGCAUGGAGGAACUUAUCACAAAAGAGACUAUUGAGUGGAUAACAAAUGAGCCUUUGAUUGUUCGUGCUGCAUCAUUAAUUACCCGAUUUAUGGACGAUAUUGCUGAUCAUGAAGUUCAACAACAAAUAGAACAUGUUGCUUCAAUAAUCGACAGCUACAUAAAAGAAUAUGGAGCUUCAAAAGAGGAAGCAUGCGUUGAGAUGCAGAAGGAAGUCACAAAUGCAUGGAAAGACAUAAAUAAGGAAUUUCUUCUCACGAGGAAAGUACCAUUUUUUAUCCUCGAACAAGCUUUAAAUUAUGCGCGAUUGGCAGAUACAGUUUUUGGAGGUGGUCAUGAUGGAUACACAAAUUCCAAUUGCAAAACUAAAAACUUGAUUACUUCGCUGUUUGUUGAAUCCGUCAACAUAUGAUGACAAUAUUAAUGUAGAUGCACCUUCGACUAAGUAUUUUAAUUUGGACGACCUUUAAUAAAUAAAUAAAAUCCUUUGCUUCUAAGUUCUAAGCAAUUUUUAUUUUUAUUUGGAGCAAAUGGGUUGUAGGUUUUAUAACUAUAUAUGUUGUAACAAUCAAAUGUAAUUUCUUUAACAAACAAUUUAUCUUAAUUACUGCUUGAUACUUUUU